AUGGGUGGUUCUAUGGGCGGUGCAACGUCGCUUGAGUGGCCUUUGUGCUUCCCCGUCCGUACGCCAUCUUCACCCGACGCCAUAACUUCGACCAGUUCUGACAAGCCUUAUGUUCGCUCAAUUGUUGUCCUUGCGGCGUCGCCACGGCACUCGGCAUGGUGCAUUGCUUGGUGUGAGAUCCAGCGCCAAGCAAUUGAAGCCGAUACCCGUUUCAAUGGCGGGCGGUAUUUGCUGCGUGAUCCACCACAAGGAGGUCUUGCAGCUGCACGUAUGUGCGCGUUGAUGACGUACCGCCAGCCACACAGCUUCGAGCGCCGAUUCAGUCGUAUGCGUGGAAAGUCAAAUUUGGCACCGUCGCCGCCCAAAGAAGAGUCACAGGCAUCCUCACUGAUGGAAGAGGGUGGUGACGAAGACGUCGACGUUUCGAAGAUCUCUCAGCCUCAGGCACAAGAACAGUACGCUGUACAAUCGUACUUGCACCAUCAUGGUACAAAGUUUCUGACUCGUUUUGACGCAUUGUGCUACAUUCAUUUGUCAAACAAACUGGAUUCACACGACGUCACACGCGACCGUGAGUCAUGGGCAAGUGGUGCGAAAGACGACGCCACCGUGCUCAAGGGUGUGCUUGGACAUCUAAACAAGCCCCGCAACUCGCCCCAUGUACUAAUUCUUUCAGUUACGUCUGACAUGCUUUACACUCCUGCAGAGCAAGCCUCGAUUCAUGAAGCUAUUCCGACAUCCGAGCUCGUGCACAUUGAGUCCGCUGAAGGCCAUGAUGGGUUCCUGAUUGAGUACCCUCAAAUUGACCGAGCAAUUCGUGCAUUUAUGGAACGCCUCAACGUGUCCCACGCUUCCUCUCUCUAG